AUUACACAUUAAUUGUGGGAUUGAGGAAGUCCUGAGGAAGACCAUGUCCGCCCCUUGCUCAGGCUGGUUGGCUGUAACCAUAGCAACCCCUAUUCCAGGACAAAGUUCAGCACUGAAAAAUCUUUAUGACCCUGGUUCAGCGUUCGUUAGUCUAACCCUUCCAGCAGGUGUUUGACUCCACUUCUCAGCUCGACUCUGCAGGUGACAAGGUCCGAGAACAGCCAGACCAUCUUUGUUUCCCUCCUUCAGGGAACUUGUUUUCCUAAAAAUGCCCACACGGACCAAAACCUGGAUGUUCUUUGCUGGUUUCCUCACCAGCCUCGGGGCUUCCGUCGUCAUAUGCUCCAUUCUGGGGACAUCAGAGUGGAUCACCAGCACCAUCAGCAUCCAGGACACCAUCUCCCAAGGCACGGUUAUCAUCACCUACGGGCUGCUGCGUGGCCAGAGUUUUCCACAGCUGAGUCACGGCCUUGAGGAGCCCAUGAAGUAUUUUGAAGUUUUAGGGACCUUGAACGCCUCUUCUCAGAAAAGCCUGCAGGUGGUGACCAUCCUGCUCCUGGUGUUCAGCUUGUGCGCCUCGUUGCUGAGCUGUGGCUUCACCUUCUACAACAGCGUCAGCAACCCCUACCAAACCUUCCUGGGGCCUGUGGGGGUAUACACUUGGAAUGGACUUAGCGCAUGCUUCAUUUUCGUGGCCAUGAUGCUGUUUGUGGGGAACACGCAGUCCCACCAUCUCUCGCAAGAGCUGUCGCGGGUACUUUACCCAGCCUUCCCCUCGACAGGAGCCACGCACAGCUACGGCUACUCGUUCUGGCUCAUACUACUGGUCAUUCUUCUCAAUGCCGUCACCGUGGUCAUCAUUGUUUUCUACCAGAGGGCCAGAUACCAGCAGAAGCAGGAACAGAAAAAGCCGAUGGAAUAUGCGCCUCGAGAUGGGAUUUUAUUCUGAAGACUGCCUCAUGUCCUCUUGGCAUCUCUAGCUCUCCCC